AUGGCGGCUAAAAUGCCCAGAAACUUCCGGCUCCUGGAGGAGCUGGAGAAGGGCGAGAAGGGCCAAGGACCCGAGGCAUGCUCCUACGGUCUUGCCGAUGGCGAGGAUAUGAUGAUGAGCAACUGGAAUGGCACCAUCCUCGGUCCCCCUCACAGUGUCCACGAGAACAGAAUCUACAGUGUCAAUAUUCACUGCGGUCCCGAUUAUCCUGACCACCCCCCGGAGAUUCAGUUCAUCUCCCGCGUCAACCUCCCAUGUGUCGACCCGCGAACGGGGAAGGUUGACCCUACCAAGCUGCCUUGCUUGGCUCAGUGGAAGCGCGACUAUAACAUGGAGACCAUCCUCCUUGAAAUUAGACGAUACAUGGCGCUCCCGAACCAUAAGAAACUUCCUCAGCCUCCGGAGGGCUCGAAUUUCUAG